AAUAUGGGAAAAUAUAAAUGACCGUAGACUUGCGGUAUUGGACGUGUAUUAAAUAGUAAAUAUAUAUGGUAAAAGUGGUACUCUAUAUAUUUGUGAAACUCUAUGUGUCUGGACCGAUAGCCUACACAAUCAAGUUGCACGAUCGCGGCUUUCUUUGUGGAAAUAAUUAAUUGAAUGUUUCCGAAAUACAAUUUAUGUCGGCAGUGGUUUGUUUGUACUUAGUUAAAACAUCGAACGUGCUGGGUCGUUGCUGUUUGUAUAUAAACGGAUCUGUCUCCGAAAAACAUGGACAGCUACAUCCAGAAUGGUGUAUUUUGUAGAACAUUGGUCGCUUUAUUGUUCUGCCUGUGGAAUUUUUCCUCUCUGGGUAAGCAAAACAAUUUACAAUUUGAAGUACAGUCUCUUGAAAAUGCACUAACCGGAACGCAUUAUCUUUAGUUUAAUCAAAUGCAGUGUUAAUGGUUUGUGUGACUUAUUAUAUCCUCAUUUAUGUAUGUUUUGUAUAGAUUACAUAUAUAUGUUAUAACUUUCAAGAAUAUUUAAGUUCAUUUAUACCUAUAAUUGUUAACAUUUACAAGCGAGUACAUUGUACUUGAAUAAAUAUUAAUAAUAUGUAAUUUAAACCCUUCUUCUUUUAAUGUCCGAUAUUAAAAUCGCAUGUUGGUUUUCCAGAACAAAGUCAAAAUGGUGCAAUUUAGCAAUUAGAAUUAAUAUAGAUGUAGUAUAGAUUAGAAAUUCGAUAUAAUUCGAUGCUUUAAAUAUUUUAAUCCAUUUAAAAAGGGUUUUGUUUUGUCUACCUAGUCGCGCUGUUUGAGUUAAUAGUCAGUAUUUAAUGUACUAAAUGCUCUUUCUCAGCACUUAAUAGGCAAUUGUCAUUGUCGAAAACUGUUUCUCCUUGCCAAAGUCCGCUCCGCAACACAUGCUAUGUUUCCCCUUGUUUAUGACCAACACGUUUUGCGGUUUACAUGUUUUUGCGUAUUCGUGAAGGCGUUUAGGAAUUUAGGCGCAGCUUAGGCGGCUCAAACUGUUUACUUUUAACCUUUUGUCUGCACAAAUGCAACUGUAAAACUUGCAUUAUUAUUGCAUGCUGUGUUUGUAAUAUACUGCCAAGUCUGAUCAAAUAUACAUCUGGGUUUGUGGAUUAUGUAUUAUCAACGAAUACAGUAAAACAACCUGUUGUAUACAUUAAUCUCAAAUAUUUAUGGGGCAAUAUUUUUCUUUUGGACACAAAAGGUUAUGAAAGAUUAAUGUAAUUCUUUAUAUAGAAUAUAGACGAUACUUAAAUUGUUUUACUAUUAGUUCAGCGUUGUUUGUGAUGUUCUAGUGUAAAUUUGAACAGUAUUAUUUCAGGGCAUAUGAUUUGGAAAAUGGUUUACAUUUUUUGGUUUAUAAAAAAAAGAAGACUAUCAGUGACAUCUCCGGACGACAUCUAGCGGAAAGCGUGGGUUUGAUACAGGGAUAAUGCACAGUAUAUCACGUUCAAGGAAGACGUUACGUUUGCAAAUGAAGAACUUCCCGACUUAAAAUAACCGAAAGAGAAAGCUAUAUAUACGUAGAUCAAACUUAGUUAGAAAAAAACUUAAUUGAGAAAAAAUAAAAUGUCGUAUCUCCAGCACAAAAACUGCGACCAUGCUGUGUCUGUAUAAAUGUAUACUCUAUUUUUGUAUACUCUAUUUUUGUAUACUCUAUUUUUGUAUACUCUAUUUUUGUAUACUCUAUUUUUGUUAACCAUUGUUGCUGUUUUGUGUUGUUUUUGAUGAUGUUCUUGCCUCGUGCAGUCUGUAGCUGAAGAACAGAACAAGUGUACCAAAUUUUCUACAAAACAUACACAACAUUACUAUCCAUAACCUUAUUUUUAUCGCUUUCUAAUUAUUAAUUGGUCAUUUCCUCUACGCCAACUUCCGCUUUAUUGUUCUUUCCACCAAAUUUAGUAAAUUUCCAUAGCUAUGAUAACUAUGGAUUACAGGAUUAACGACAAGUUAAGAAUCAAUUUUCAAAUGUAACAUGACUUUAUGUAAUGUCAAAAAGACAUUGAAUUUCAUUUUUCCGGGCUAGGUAAGUUAGAAUGCUGAACUCCAAAUUCAUGACGUUGGCGCUGCAUUUUUUCCCAAACGCAAAACAACUGUAGAACGUGCCCAGUUUACGCGUGCACGCUGCGAAUCGGCAUGACCUUUGCAUGAUAUCUUGUCUAAUUUUAGCAAUAAAGUCUCCCAGGGUAUAAAUUCCACACGUUUAUUAGCAUAUCUAUUUUUGCUUCGCAAUCCAUAGACAGACAAAUAUGUUAUUGCAUGCAUUAUGCAGCCAUUUCUGUCAAGCCACGAGCGGUGUUUUCAGCCCUAAUUUGUCAGGUUUAUAGGUUGACCUGUCCCAAUGGCUGAGUGUUCUGGCUUUUUAACAAAAAUAAAAUUCACUCAUAUGUUAACAUUAUUUAUUGCUAAACUCUACAUGUUGUAUAUACACAGAACGAGCGGCCGUGUUAUAUAUAUAAAAUAUAUAAGUUUUAAUAUGUAAAAUUGAAGAUCACAGAUAAAUGUGCAUUCCACAUAUGGAAUUUUUCACCAUCCUGAUUUCUGCGCAGAUUAUGCUAAACAUUGCAGGUCAAUGAACGUCGCGUGUCGCACUUGAGAGACUUCAUCAGUUAAAAGAAUCUAACAGAAUGUCAAAGAUGCGUAUUAAAUGUUUGAUGGAGUGAUUAUGUGGACUAAUGAGUGAUUAGACUUUCAAGAAUCCUUCUAAUGAGUGAUGAAUAUGUUCUAAAAUUAAUUGUCACCGUCUAAAUAAAGUCGAUGAUUGCGUUGAUAUUGUUCCGUUAAAAUAGCGCAAAAUGUUAAGAAUGGUUUCAUCAUGGCCCAAUUUAUACUAUAGAGACGGAUGUCCGUCUGUCUGAUGACGAAAUUGGCCAAAGAAAAGCACUUUGUUCUGAUGUAUGGCAUUAGCCAAACUAUUAUUUUAAAGGAUAUUCUUUGGAAGAUUGUAGGUUUUUCAAGAGAUUUUGGGAUUUUAUUAAAAGGGAUUUUGCAAGAGAUUUUGAGAUUUUUAGCGAAUUUGUGGAGUGCUUUUUACAGGAAGUUUUAGAGACUUUAACAUUUUUGGCAGGAUUUCGGGAUUUUUCGAAAGAUUUUUAUUUUUGGGAAAGAAUACGAUGAUUUUCGUGCUUGUCUUCCAGGACGGUCCAUCGCAAGUGAUUUACUACUUUGAUUCGUUAUUCUUCAACAGGUAUUCUCACGUUCAGAAGUGUUUCAGCAUCAAGCGGCAGUGACUCUAGUCGUGAACCAAAUGUUGUCAGUGAGGCUGGUGGCCUGCAAACCACGUCUAAUCCUGACAGUCAAGUCGAUAAUGAAGGUGAAAUACACAAUUUAACCACUUUUAAUUCUACACGUAAAAAAAUUGUUUAGUGUCUAACUAAAGUCGUUUACCUUUGUAAAAGAACUAGAGUAAUAUCCUUGGUUAAUAGUCUAAUAUGGUAUUUUUUCUAGAAUUUAAAUUGUGGGUAAUAGUUUUGAUUGUUGUGAUUGGUGGCUUAUUCAUAGUAGCCUGUAUUUUAUGUUUGGUCAAGCUACAUCGAUGGUUAGUAUAUAGUACAUAUAUUAUGUAAAGUGAAAAUUAUAUCAAAAGAGUAAUUCCACUGACUUUGAACGCAGGUUUCCACCUGAACUAAUACUGAUGGAUGAGCGGAUGUUACCGAAUCUGUAGGAAGAACAGCUUAGAAAUGAUAAUUCAACUAUUAAUAUACUGUAUUGUUCUCCAGGAAAAAUGACCGUGGUACUUAUUCAAUGUGGAACAAGCAAGGCCCGAGUGUCGAGGCGAUGUUUGCAAGGUAUUUAUCCGACAUUACGAGAGACUAUCAUUUAGUUAAAUCUUUUGUGAGCUUAUUUUGUUAAAUAUUUAUCUUUAUAUAGAGAGUCCGGAGUCCUGUUUGAAAGACUAGAUAGUAAGUAUGCCAUCCAUAUUAGAAAUCUUCAAUUAUACUCUUCGUAAAAGUUUCCACCAAGGAUAAGUAAAAUGUUCUGUUGUUUUUAUCUUACCAUCCUACGCGUUAUUGCACCAUUUCGCGUUCUAUCAUCGCGCUGCCAAAACAAACGUUAUUUCGGGUCCCGCAAACGUUUUACUACUAUUUGUUAGGAGAAGAAACUUCAAAGGUGUAUAGAAUUGAUAACUUUCUAAUUACUUAUAUUUUUUGCAGUUGAAAGCAGCCUGACCGACGCUCAAUGCUACGAAAUUCCAGUGGACUCUUUCGAAACUCCUCAGAGAAUCUACAUUGAUGGCAUUAGGGUCACCCCUUUGGCCGAAAGCUUGGAUACGCCUGUUAGCCAGCGAUCUUUAUCUAGUCGAGUUGAAGCAGAGAUAAAUAUUAUUGAUCAAACACAAUAUUGUCUUGCAAGGGAUAGAACCAGUGUUUCAACUGAUGUCACUGGCCAGAGGGAAAGUAUGCCGAGUUCAAUAGGACCAGGUACGCAUUGUAGAAGGGUUUUGUAAACGGAAAUUUCGAAUGUGAAUUUGUGUAGAUCCUCUGGCAGGAAUCGAACCUGCGGCCCUGCGAUUCCGGUGCAGCACUCUAACCAACUGGACUAUUUCUCACUUUGAUAAUACUAACUACCAGUUCACCACCAUAGUGCUUAGUGACCCCCCCCCCCCUCCCUACCACACACACCUUGUAUUUGGAGGCGAAUAAACAGAAAUGAGAGAUGUAAAUUACUUUUCUUGCCCCACAAGAGUCGACAUGCAUUUCCAUGAAGUUGACAUCUGCUGCCCUGCAAGGCUUAAGGCCGAUUUCCACUUCAAUCGUACCGAAUCGUCGUAGCGUAUUUCUUUGUUGAAUCGUGAACACUAGAGUGGAAGUAAUGACUUCGACACAAAAGAAAAUGCUACGUUACGUUACGUUACGUUACGUUACGUUACGAUACGAUACCAGCCUCGUCCCCAGGCUCCAACUCAGACGCGCGGGUUCCGACGCAAGCAGUGGCGCAGCAAAUCAAAGCGCCUGAGGACGAGGCUGUUACGAUACGGUUGAAGUGAAAAUCGUCCUUUACUGAAGUCCACCAAUACGUUAUAUUUUAGACACCAGUCCACGAUCAUCAGUCUCAAUGAGCACAGUAUCCGACAAGGGACCUGCCACCCCCUCACAAGAAACCCCCAAAGAACUCUAUCCCAAACCUCUCCCUGUCAUCCCUGUUGAAGACACGCCCUCGGUGGUGUGCGAGAUAUACACACUCGAUGUAAACGAGAACGAAGGCCGCGUGAGUGCUAUAGCAAACCGUCCACUCCCCCAAACUCCAGGCCUCUCCACUCUCCCCGGGAAAUACUCCGCCGCAAGCUUGGAUCGAAGCUUACUUAGACAAAUAAAAGAAUCUAAAGUUGAAAAACCCAACACAUCCCGUACUUUACCGCGUCCGCGUAAGAUCCGCCAAAUUCCUUUACCGUUCCGGAACGCAAUGUCGCGCUCUGCCAGUAGUUCUGACGUCAGCAAGGAGGCGGAGCGUCUCAGUGAUCACGUGGCUUCGGACCCAAAGAAAUGCACACUGACCAGAGUGAAGAAACGGCUGUCGCAAUCGGUAGAUACCUUAUUAAUCGAGUCGGAGCGUGUCAGUCAUUUUUAUGAGAACCCGUACUUGGUCGAGGGGACAAGCCUGGAGGGUAAAGGGGGUGAUCCCUCUGGCAAUCAGUUGGAACCUCCUUACAGCAGAGUGUCUUCCAUACCUGCAACGAGUGAUGAGAACUUGCCCAAGGAUAAAGAACAUUUGUACACCAGGAUCAGUCAGUAUAUGGACGGACGUGAGAAUAACCUUAACAGACACUCCUAUGCCAGCGUUCAUUCAUCAUUUCGCACGAGACCCAAGUCAAGACAUGUCUACAUCAGCAUUAUAUUUGGCAGCGCCGAUUCCGUGUGCAUACCGAGCUUAGACGAUCCUAAAACAAACCUUACAAAAGUUACAAGAACGUUAAGCAAAUCUUGUCCUAGUUUGAAUUCAUCUACGCAACCUCACAUAAAAUACAACCCGCGACCUAUUAGUUAUUACCCUCCAGCGGACACUUCUGACGGGCUUUAUUCAAUAGAUAACCGGAAUGUUAGGAGUCAAGUCCCUAACGGAGUUACCAACGAUUUAAUGUCGUUCCCCGAUUGUCAGUAUCAAAAUAUCCGAGAGUCGUUUGAUAUUCCGCCCUUGGCACAACCUGUGUCCCAAAGUUCAACCGAGGCUGCCCCGAGUAAUACCGGCUACCAAAAUUUACAAGAAUCAAUGAACAAUUCUCAGAAUUCCGCAGUGGUUUACAACACUCCAAAGAGCUUGAACGUGCGACCAUAUUAUGAAAAUAUAACUUGCAUUCGAGACGAUACUCACUUGGAAAACGAAGAGAAUAAUGGCAUUGAUACAAGCCAUUACGGUGUCCCCAAAAGCCCGCCUAUUCCUUUGAAUCGAUUUUGUGAAAUCGUAAAAACAACUUCUAAUGGCGAAUCCACGAGCUCGCAAAGUGCCGACGCAAACGCUUCGUCGAAAGAUGACGGAAGUUUAGAGAUACGGUGGCGAAAACGUGACGCGGAAAAAGCUGACGAAUGCGCGAAAAACGAUGAACGCGCAACGUUGAGCGCGUAUUUGGAAGGGCGAUUUAAUGGAGUAGACGCUAUUGAUGAUAGGACGGUGGAAAAUGAAACGGAUCAAAACAAUGAACCGACAUAUGAGAAUUUUAUUUCGGCCAAUCGAGACAGCUGUAUCUCGGAGGAAUCUGCCAGCAGUCACGACCGCGUCUCGCUGACCUCUAGUCUCAGCAUUGAGGAUAAAGAAAUUUACGAGAAUCAGCCUCUAAUUCCGAAAACGUCUGACGUCAACGGCAAUUCAGUAUGUGAAGGGUUUGCUGAGAAGUUUGAAGUUCGUAGAAAGAGUUUGAUUGGAAGCACUUUGUUUGAAGAGUCAGUUGCUUAACGCUCUGCGGCUAAGCACGUUCUUCUAUUAUAUGCAUGAACACUUAGAUAAUUAAGGCGCUGUUCAUAUGGAGCUACAUGGGCCGGGCCGGUUAACCUGGAUGAUUCGUUAAUAAAGCUGUUAUCACGACUUUGAUAAACAUUCAAAAUGACAUUUCAAAGUUCAAUUAGCUUAGUUUGAUUCCAGUAACAGUAUCAUUCAAACGAUCUUCCAUGGUCGGGGAAAAUUUUCAUGACACGUUCAUCCCGAUUCGUUGGGCUGGCCCGGAUCAAAUGAACAGCCCCUAUGUAGUUAUGUAGAUAGUAGCCUAAGUUGAUAUUUCGUUGAUCGAAAUUUACAUUUGUAAUGGCAAGUUGACUUUAGGGUUAACAAUGGACGGUUUUUCUUUCGGUAUAAUUGCCUUUGCCUACGUGCAGCAUUUGGCGUAGGAGAACAAUUAUUGGUUUAAUUUUAAGGUAACUUUUUAACCUGGUUUUCAUUUGAUUUGGUCAUGAAAAUUCUGUAAUUAGAGAUGACUGAUUUAUAUGCAGCACACAACAGAUAAGAUAGAUCCUAACUAUUUCAUUUUCACAUGCAAUGCAUGUUAUCAUGCCUGAAAUAGGCUGUCGGGAUACUGAAAAAUACACAGUGAGAUAUUUUCCAUAUCUUCACUGGUGAAGAUAUCGAUCACGUGACUUUUAGUAUUUAUACAAUUUUUAGUUUGAGACAAAAUAAUAAACAGAACAUUAUACGUUGGCUUGAAGAUAUGAAUUUUAUCUUCUCGUGUUAAAAACAAUAUUUUACUCACUCGCUGCGUUCGUUCGUAAUAUACUGUUUUCACCACUCGAAGAUAAAAGUCAUAUUUUCGCGCCGCCGUGUAAUAUCUUCUAUAUAUACAGCACACAAAAGACAAGAUAGAUUCAAACUAUUUCACAUAAAAUGGUAAUAGAGUGUUGAUCUAUAUCUUUGCAGUCAGUAAAGACUGAUUUACAUGCAGCACACAAAGGAUAAGAUACAUCCAGACCAUUUCACAACCAUGUCAUAUCGUUACUAAAUGCAAACCAGGUUUUCCUGUGAUUAGUAUGAUGCGUUUUGACUUUGCGGCGAGCAUUUCACAACAGAGCAGAUAUAUAUUCGAGCUGGUAUCGAAUAAACUGUCACCCGAGUGAAACGUUGAACGUUUCAAAUUUGGGUGUGUGGGGAUUUGCUUUGCGCCAGCAGACAGCGCGACAUUUUGUAGAGACCAUUAGACUAUUGUUAGUUAGUUGGUAGGACUGUAAUGAUAAAUAAUUUGUAUUGAUUAUUGUAAUCCACAACAGAAAGACACGCGUACAUUGUUUUGUGUUGCUUUUACCUUGCGAGCAGAGGUUUUCGAUCGUUAUAUGGUUUUGGAGAAG